AUGCGUUUUCUCGAUGCCCUCGUUGCUGUUGGAUUGCUCAUCACCAUUUGUCAAAGUUUGAAGCACACUACACUCAAAUUCUCCAUAGCCAUUUAUUGCCCAAGCGGAGAACUUGGUGAAUGGACGGCUUCCCUUUCAGUACAUGUUCGAGGUCAAACCGAAAUUUAUGCAGCAUCUGGAGGAACGACUUCGGGCAAGUUCCAAGUCAUAGAAAUUGAAGGAUUUUCCAACAAUUUCAAAGAUUCGGUACCCAUGGGGAUUGUGAUUACUUCAAGCUGUAAGACAAAAUCCAUUUUAACUGGGCAGGACAUUGGAUUUCCUAUUCAAGACGAUAAAGGAUUCCACUAUGGUUUCCGAGUCUACAAUAUGGGGGAUGAGGAAGAUAAAACUAAUAGUGAAACUUACGAAUAUCUGUUUAUGAAGUAUCUCGAAAAGGACUGUGCACUGAACGCAUGUAAAGAGAGCACACGUGAAUACGUCGCCAAAGGUUGUGACUUUUUCAAAAAAGAAUCUGAGCAAUGUAUGAAAGCAUACGAUGAUACCCUACCGAAGUUUUGUCAGAAGGAAGGAUCAUCGGCGCACUCAAUAUGUUCUGAAUAUGCAACUUCUUCAACUGCUAGCCAAUCUUCAAAGAUGAUUAUCAUCAUCAGUGGUGCAGUUGGAGCCAUCAUCGUUCUUGUCCUAGCCAUCGGUGUAUUCUUCUACUGUAGAAAGAAGAAAAAGAGUAAGCAGAACCUGACUGGGACUGGAACAAUGUCUGGAUCAACUGCUGCGUCUGGUACAACUGGAGCACCGUCUAAAUCUACUACUGGAGCCGCAACUACUACGGGAACACAAAGAUAUUAG